UCUACUGGUCUGCCAAGUUGUGUGUUUACGAUCGGGAGAUAAAUCUAUUGAUAUACAAUUCAUCGAUUUAUCACCGAUACAUUAGAAAAUCUAUCACGGAAAUAUCGCAUAGUUUUGACGAUUGAGUAAUUAAUGUCAUGUUUAUUAAAUUGAUCUCUAUAAUAGACGCGAUGAGAUUAGUCAUAUAUCUUGCAUUAUUCUGCAAUUUUUCGAAUGCAGUAGAAGACGUAAAAAAUCAGCUACAUGUAUUUGCCGAGAAAAUAUCGUGGAUCAACUGGGAGCAAUUGAGAGAUUUUAAAUUCAAUCCCGAUGACACUUUCGACACGGUAGAAAUGAUAAGAAGAGAGGGUUAUCCUGCAGAAACUCAUGUUGUAAUGACGGAGGAUGGUUAUCUCUUGGUAUUACAUCGUAUUCCAGGUAGUAAUGACUCUCCACCUGUAUUAUUGCAACACGCUGUGUUAUGCACCUCCGCCGACUGGAUCAUUCUUGGUAAAGGCAAAGCACUCGCUUAUCUAUUAGCGGAUCAGGGAUAUGAUGUUUGGUUAGGCAAUUUUCGUGGUAAUACCUAUUCAAGGGCGCAUAUUUCUCUGUCUCCGUUGGAAUUAAAAUUUUGGGAUUUUAGCUUUCACGAAAUGGGUAUCUAUGAUUUACCCGCGAUGAUUAAAUUUAUCACAAAUAUGAAAUCGCAACCAUUGCACACGUACGUUGGUCAUUCGAUGGGUACAACCAGUUUUUAUAUAAUGGCAUCGGAGCGUCCGGAAAUCGCACGAAUGGUACAAAAAAUGAUCAAUUUUGCGCCGGCAGUCUUUUUUGAUCAAGUAGAAAGUCCGAUAAAAUAUAUUUUUCCUUUCUGGAGAGAAUUGAAGGUAAAAUAA